UUCAUAUUAUAUUUAUGGUAAAAAAUGAAGAAUAUAUUAUAAGAAAAGGCAAUUUACAAAUUUUAAAAAUCUUCGUUUAUAUAUAUAUAUAUAUAUGAAAAUCAUGUUACAUGAAAGUUUGAAGAAGGUGUGAAAAUUGAUAUCCGAAAUGGGAUAGUGAUUUGCGCUCAACAUAAGAAUAACGAGAUCGCCUUGUAGGCGAUCUUUCCAUUCUUGGAGUAGUGCCCGAAUGAUUUCUCGACUUCGGCGAUUAUGUUUGGACGAAUGUCAAGACCAAAAGUGGUACGUGGCGUUUAUUAACAAGCAAUGCAUUAUCUAGACAAUUAAUUUUUUUAUUGCAAAUCCAUUCUAAUUGUUCCAAUCCAAGUCAUUUUCAGAUUAUCAUGAAAUAUAUAAUUAUCAAUUUGAAGAAAAUCAUCCAGAUAAUCAAUUAUCGAAUUUUUCAUAUAUCAUCGAGAUGUUAAAAAAGAAUCAGACGUUCUUCAAAUCUAUUUUAAUCAAGAUCAAGCCUCAUCUAAGGAUUAAUUAGGAUAUAAUUCUUAAGGAGGACUUUUUCUUGCGUUAAUUGAUAAGACAGACGGACAGCCUUCCUUGGUCACGUUACGAGCACAAUAGGCAUCCAAAACAUUCGGAAUUGCAUGUUACGUAAACCGUUCAAGUCCAGUUCGAGUCCACUGAGGCGCCGCUGAAUUUUAAAUAUCGAACACUCGUUUCCAACCACGUUCCUAAAUCACCUCUUGGCUGAUCUACUUUUCUCACUGUAUGACCACAUUGAAAAAUACAAAGAUACGAAUGUCCAAUAAAACCGGAAAAUUCCAUUGGUAUCAUCAGUUUCCUUGGAAGGAAUUACCGGUUUAGAAUUGUUGACUCGUUUUAGAAAGUUUUUCUAUACAUUAAAGAAAAUCUUUGAAGAAAAAGUCAUUAAAGAAACCAAAUUAUCUUUACCGGGAUUAUCCGGGAUCGACAAAUAUUUUAAAGGAAAGAUGGAUUGAAUUAAGUUUUCAGUUUAUUAUAUGCUUAAUAAGUACGAUAGAAAAUGGAAUUAUCGUGUAAGGACAAUGUAUCAAGUGGAAAGGUGUUCUCUCGACGAGUUGGAAUAACGCCCACGACGACCCACGUUGCGAUGACUGUUCGCGUGAUUUUACCUGAGACACGGGUUCUGCGUGUAGGCAGGCCAAAAUCACCACCGAAACUUGGUGUGACUCAUGGAUUUUGCGAUUCUUCCGAGCAGAUUUAUUAUAAGCUGAAGAAUGCUUUCUAAUUCAUGGAUUGGAUUUAUUUCUCAUCCGAAUUAAUUCUCAUGAAUUUUUAUGAAUAUUGAUAAUUAAAACCACUAUUUUUGCUUUAUAUUGAUAAAAGAGAUAACACUCCUGGUGAUGUUGAAAUAUAUCGAAGAAAUUUGUCUAAUUUUUAGAUGAAACAUAGAAGAUUUAUGUGAACGGAGGUAGGAAGCAAAAGCCUCGGACCAACGUCCUCGACCUGAUCGCGGAGGUGGCUUCCACAAUCGUGUAUGGACAUAAAACAUGGUCCACCUGGCGCGCAGAAAGAAUUCUUGUUCACCUACUAACACACUCCAACGAUUUCACACGAGAACUUCAAUUAAUAUCACGAGACACGACCGAGAAUUGAUUAAAGCCGACCAUUUUAAAUCAUGGCACAUUGAUUUCAACGAAUUAAUUUUUUAAAGCAAAACACCUUUGACAAACAGCCUUUGUAUUCCAUUAAACUGAUCUUUCAGCCACAUAAAAUGAUUCAAAUUUGGUUUUUUCCAAAAAAAAAAGUGAAAAUUAAUAAAAUCAAAUAUCUCCAUCCGAAGAUACUUCAUUUUGGAUGUCAAGACCAAUAAAGUGUUUUGGUACAUAUGAUUCAGUACAUUGAAUCUAUAGUUCUGUUGGCUGAUCGAAGUAAUGGAACGAGCAGAAUGCAAGCAGGCUGGUUUUUCUUGCCCACCAGGUGGAGGGAGGGACGCGAAGAAGCCGUGAAGUGGGAUAUCGUAAUGACCUCCACCUCCGUAUUUCCAACUAUUUUCGAUACACGUCUCAGCUAACUUUAGCGUUUUCGUUAGUCCAGUCUUUGACUUUGAGCUCUCAGCUCUCCACUAAACAUUCUCUUAUACGCUCUAUACUUCCUGUAAACUUCUGUGGAAUCGUAUAAUUACUUCCGCCAUUGUCACAACAAUUCUACUUAAAAUUCAAAAUUUAUUUACUACUUCGGAAUAAUCAAUCCACGUGAAACAAGUCUCAGCGUGUUUCAAUAACAGUGAAAAAUGUGUAACGUAGAGAAAAAAUCGUUUGUGUGGUUACCUAAGCCCUAACAUCCGAGCGUGAAUAUUGUGAACGAUGGUUGACUAUUACAAAGUACUAGAAGUGCAGCGAACCGCCACGAGCGGAGAUAUCAAAAAAGCAUAUAGAAAAUUGGCGUUGAGAUGGCAUCCGGAUAAAAAUCCUGAAAAUUUGGAGGAAGCAAACAAGAGAUUUAAAGAAAUAUCUGAGGCAUAUGAAGUGCUAAGCGAUGAAAAGAAAAGAAGGGUUUAUGAUCAAUAUGGAAAGGAAGGACUUCAAAUGCCUGGUGGAAAGAGGCGACAUAAGGAAGACUUCGAUCCACACUUUGCUGGUACUUUCAUGUUCAGGGAUCCUGAAGAAGUAUUUAGAGAAUUCUUUGGCGGUUCAUCUUUUGAAGAUUUAUUUUCUGACCUUGCUGGAGUUGGUGUGCGUCUUGGAUCACAAAGGCAUAGUCAUCCUAGCAGUAACAGCAUAAGCACAUCCUUCUUUGGUCCAUUAGGAGUUUCUCAUUUCGGUUUUUCACCGCUCAACGAAUUUUUUGAAGGUACAUCAGGAAACUUUACUUCGUUCAAUGCAUUCACAAGUUUCGGUGGAACCAGUGGUGGUGGUGCUGUAAAACGAACAAGUACUUCAACUCGUUUCAUCAAUGGCAAAAAGAUCACUACCAAAAAAGUUUAUGAAAAUGGAAAGGAAACAAUAAUGUCAUACGAAAAUGAUGUGCUGAAAUCAAAGACGGUGAACGGCGUGCCACAAUCAAUAACGUUUGACGAGUCAUCGACAAGUCGCCAGCUGACCGACAGUGCCAGCGAUAUCUCGAUGGCUGGCCAGAACUCGAGAACAGUCCAUGGUGACCAUCAGAAGGCUAGCAGAAUAAAGACGCACCAUCAUCCAGUUCUCACUAAGAAGCACGAUAAGAGUAAGAGAAAAUAGAGGCAACACUCUUACAACCUUCUCUCAUUCGUUUCCUUAUUUUUUUAAUUUUUUGGUCUCUUUGUUUUUUUUUUUCGAAUCAAACGUAAACACAUAUACAUAUAUUACAUACGUACGUGUAUCAUUUACGAAACUGAUGUUGUAAAUUAUGUCUUUUUCCGCAACAUCGUUUUUGCUAUUGUUUCAAUAAUCGGAAUUAAAAAAAAAAAAAAAAAAAAAAAAAGAAAAACUUUUAGUGGCUUAGCUUCGACUAGCUACACAUGUUCGAUUUGAUCAAUAAAAAAUUCGCUGCAAAAUUCAUUGUAAGAUUUUGCAUCGAAAGUGGUGUGUUUAAUUAAUUCUUGUUUGCUAUUGAGAGAAAAAGAGAGAGAAAGAGAGAGAAAGAGAGGGAGAGUGUGUGUGUGUGUAUGUGUGUGUGAGUGUGAGUGAGUGAAAGAAAGAGAAGAGGCCCUGCUUUCUGUGAAAAAAAAAACAGAUAAAAGUUGUUACUACAGAACAUUCUGUUGCGUUUUAUAGAUAGCGCGUCGUUUCCGUUCAAAAUCUGGCGUUUUACUUUUAAUACGGUAAGUUUCGCUUAUUCUAGAUUUCUUAGAGGAUUAAUUCAUUAUAUCGUAAGUUAUAAUUGCUAGAUUUUUAUUUGUAAGUAAGUCGCGUCGUAAUUUCGAACACAUAUAUACACAUCGACUGAGUUUGAACGAAUUUAACAUAUUAUACAUACACAUAUUUCAUUUUUAUGCGAAUAGGACACACACAUACACAUAUGAAUGAAUUCCAUCAUGCGUAUUCGUUUUAAAUAUCAAGAUCGAUUUGCUAACAAGUGCUCUUAAAAGAUAAAAUUGUAUUACGACAGUUUUUGCUAUAUUAGAUUUUUUCCUUUUUUUAUUUUUGAAAUGCAGUAAAGCAUUCACUAUGGAAGAAAUGUGCUCCAUUUUCUUUAUAAUUGGAUCUGUAAACAAAAUUGACGCAUAAACAGGGCUAAGUUUUUGUGUUGCGGAAAUGUUCCUUCGUAAGCAAUUUAAAUGUCGUAAUCCUAUUUGCUUUUCUUAGUUAGUUUCUUGUGUAUGUGUAUAUAAUAAUAAGCAAAAAAAUGUUAAACGUGGAGAAAAAAAAACAUCAUUAAUGUAUGUUAAUAUAUUUCAUUACACUUUAUCGAUAUUCAACAUUAUAUUUUGUCUGAUUUUUUUAUGUUUAGAAUAACAAUUAUAUGGAAGUUCAACGUUAAUUUAAAAUGUCAUAUUGUAUCAAAAUAAUUGUUACUUUAUUUCUUCUUCUUUCCUCAACUUUUAAAUUUACAAUAUUCGUAUAACAAAAUUUAGAAUAUAAUUUAUAUAAAAACAGUAGGUGAACAAUGUAAAAGUUUAAAUGAAGAGAAAAUUACAUUUCUUUUUUAAUAUUUUCAUCAUUAUACGCUUCGAUGUGGUAUUAAAAAUCGUGUAUAUGUAUUAAGUACAUUAUAAUGCAUAUACUGUAUAUGUUAACUUGUUCCAAGUUAACAACAUCGACGUUGUAUAUAGUUAAUCAGUGAUAGCAAAAUAAAUUCAGCUACCACGAGAAAA